GAGUCUACCUAUGGAGGCCUUGAGGGAGCAGAGUUCAUCGUUGCUUAAAGUAGAUAUCUUUGAUGUGUCCACCCACAACAGAAGAGCCAUAAUACCUCCCCGCUUCGACUCAUUUGAGGCACUUCAAACAAUCAGUAUCGAGGACACAACACUUCUGCCUCUCCCAAACUUCAGUUUCUGCCACUUACCCGCUCUGCUGCAUUUGAAAGUCUCCAAUGUGCUCUUGGGAGACCAAGGAUUUCCCCCAUCAGUGUUUAACGACGUGCCUCGUCUGGAAACCCUGCGGUUGAGCCGCGUUGGCUUCACCGAGAUACCCGCUGCACUGACCCAUCUCCGGACCCUAAAACGCUUGGAUCUCUCGGAUAACGAAAUCGAGAACGUUGAAGCAAGAGUUUUAAGCACUCUUCGGGGACUGCAAGUACUGGAUUUGCAGGGCAACCGAAUCGAGGUGUUAGACGGGGCGGUGGCGGCAACUUUGGAAAACAUGACAUCCCUCCAGGCUUUCCGUCUUGACGGUGACAACCCCUUCUUGUGCACGUGCGAGUUGCUUCCCUUCCUAGUCUGGUUGCACAAAUCCUCAAUACACAUCGGCAAAAAGAGCAACUUUGCCACUUACGCGUGCAAGAAUCCCUCACAACUGUCUGGAGCGCGACUGCUGUCGCCUGAUCUUCUCUCCUACCUAGAAUCAAACUGCAGUAGAGAUGUAACCGAUGAGCCUUCAGCAUCUCCGCCUAACACGACGGAGGAAAGUCACGGCGGGAAAGUUGCGGAUGUCUCCUUAUCGUAUCAAAUUAUCAUACCUGUUGCCAUUGUGUCCGUCGUGUUGAGUGCAGUGGGUGUGGUUGCUACCUGGAUGCUGCACAAGAGACUAAAGAGGAGGUGGGUGGGCUUGUUUAGACGUUUUGAUCCCAACAUUGUUCCCCGACAAGUGUCAAAUACCCCCGACCAGGAAAUGGGCUACAGAUACGACGCGUACAUUUGCCAUCACGAAAGCGCGACUGAGUUCGUCGUCAACGAGAUGAUGCCGGAGAUGGAAGGGGAACCAGGCGGCUUCCGUCUGUGCCUAUCCUUCAGAGACUUUCUUGUUGGUGCCGACAAAGUUGACAACGUAGCGACUGCCAUGAAGGCUAGUCGGUUUGUAAUCGUGCUCCUGGACGGAGAGUUUAUCGCCUGCGGUCAGUGCAUGCUAGAGUUGAAUAUGGCGUGCACCCGCACGCUCGAGGCCGGCGUAUGUGUUGUCCCAGCCGCGCCGAGUUCCGAGGCUCACCAUCUCCUCCCGGAUGGCGCAACUGGUCUCCUGCUCGUUCUUCUCGAAGCACUCCCCGUGGAAGCCCUGCCUACAACGUUACGGGUACUCCAGGACAAGAUUACGUGCUUGGAGUGGAACAGGGAGGACACCAGAAGAUGCUGGCAACAACUUAAAAUCUCCCUCCGGAAUACUACAUACUACCAAAGCCCUCAACUUGAGAGAGUUUUGAUAUAACACAACCGCUUAUAUAAUUUGGAGGGCAAAGCUUCCAGUCGUAUGUUAGGCAGAACAUUUGACAUCACAUCGGUCAAACCUGAAAAGUCGGCUAUGCUGCUUAUGUAGGUUUCUAGGUUGCUUAAGAAGAAUACUCAGUAACAACAAUUCCUACUUGCUUGCGUUAUGUUUUGGCCGAAUUUUCUCGAAUAAUCGAGAAUGGAUUACUUCAGUUUAGUCACAUGCCUCAAAGAAACCAACGACAAAAAAGAAAACGGAAUUGGUUUAUCACGUUGCCUGGACACAUGUUCAGAGAUGCUUCCCGAGAUUUCUUCCAUUUGGAGUAAAAAAUAAUUUCAGCGAAUGAUGUUUCAUGAGAUUUUGUUGUCCGUUUGGAAAAGUUGUCAAUUUUUUCCUCGAAUUCCAAAUAAUUUACGGCUCAAUAUUCCCGAAAAAUAUAAAUAUGCCCAAAUAUUCCCGACUCCGUCAAGUUUUCAGAAGAAUCGCGCAGUAUUGGAUAUUGUCUUUGUGUGCAUUUUGUUUCCAUUCAUGGACUUGUACACUAAUGAGGCCUUCAAAAUUGCCAGGUUCGUAUCUCACAAAUCAGAUUUAGGAUUAAAGUGUUAUUCACAAACAUCGGUGUCUCACUGUUCGAGUUUUGUAAAAAGGAGCAGUUUCCUUGUUUCCCGAAUUCUUCCGUCGAUAUACUAGGACUGCAGCAAUGUAUCCCUUUUUUGUUUUCAGUUUAAUUGCUUGUUGAUCAGCUGUCUGGCAGAGGCAAAGCGCUAGGAUACAAGCUGUGAAAUGUGAUCAAUUAUGAAGUUUGUUAACUGCGAACUUUAAGCAUUUGGUGCCUUAAUACUAAUCGGGCCAGUUUUCCUGGUAACUUUCACUCAUUAAUGUAUGCAGAAAUCUACUCAGCAUGGUGCACCGAAGGGCCUGCACCUUUCUUUUGCUGUAUUACAAAGUUUAGGAAGCGCGUAUCCGUUUAGAAAGCACAACAGGUGCAGCUCAAAGUAUCGCAAUAAUUAUUGUGUGUCUAGCUGGUUAGUGAGACUACAGUAUCUAUAAAUAUCAGAGUGGGAUAUAAGUUUCACUUUGUGGUUGUAUGCAAGUAAU